GGAGUGGAUCCAGGCCUCGCACGAUGCCGAGGUCUUAGCGCAACUUUAGCGAUCUUACAACAAGCUUGCCGUGUGAAGAACUGCCAUUAUCACAACGACCGCACUUGCCAGGGUACUGUACAUUUACUUGGUUAAAUCAUUCAAUCGGCGCGUCAAGAAACCUACCGACCUUCGCGCUAUCUAUCUUAAAAGUUUAGAUAAACAACAUACCGUCUCCGCACGGGUCGCCUACAUCGCCGCCGGUUUCCUCGAUUGCAUUUGACAGCAUAAAGACAGAAGAAUUAACAAUGAAGUUAUUUUUAUGGCUAUAUCUUCUUGUAUGCACAAUAGAUGUAUAUGAUAGUGCAUUGCUUCGUGAUAAUGGCUAUGUUGCCGCUGUGUACGAACACGUUGCAGUAGUAGAUCCUGACACUUACCACCAUGUCACGUCACGCGAAAAAGCUUUAAAGUUGAUGAAUCAAAACUUGGACAUUUAUGAUGAGCAGACAAAAAUAGCGGCAUCAAAGGGUGCACAGAUAAUAGUAUUCCCAGAAUAUGGAUUGUUUUCCUGGGAUUAUGACCGGAAUACUAUUUUACCAUUCUUGGAAAGUGUACCAUCUCCAUAUGGCAAAAAUAUCAAUCCAUGCGAAGAUGUAAUUCGAUUCAAUGCUACUAAAGUUUUACGUCGCUUAAGCUGCAUCGCUAAGUCUCAUAGUGUCGUCAUAGUUGCUGGUAUGGGGGCGGUGACACAUUGUAACCCAGUAGAUGACGCGGCAUGUCCCCCGGAUGAUAGAUAUCAAUACAAUGCAGCCGUAGUGUUCGAUAGUGAUGGCAAGCUGAUUGCGCGAUACUAUAAAGUAAACCUGUUUGCUGGAGAGAAAAACACAUUCAAUGCCGGCACUGUGGGAAAAACAAACUAUGGUGUAUUUCACACAUCUUUUGGAUCAUUUGCAAUUAUUAUUUGUUACGAUAUGCUGUUUUCUAAACCUUCCCUGCAGUUGAUAUAUGACGAAAAUAUUAAAAACAUUGUAUUCCCCACCGCGUGGGUCAAUUGCUUACCCACCCUCACUGCUGUUGGGAUCCAGAAUGCAUGGGCGAUGGGUCAUGGGGUCAACUUAUUAGCAUCCAAUCUCCAUUUGCCAAAGGAUGACGCCACUGGAAGUGGUAUAUUCUCUAGCGUUAGUGGGGCUUUGAAAUAUCAUCAUGAUAUGGCAACGUCAAAUCCAAGACUCUUGAUAAGCCAUGUUCCAGCUAUACAAGGUGACCAUCGCUGCUGUACUAAUGAUGAUAAAACGGGCAUGCGAACUAGUCAUAUAGAAUCUCCUCUGAAAUUCACUCCAGAAACAGAUGAAACAUUUUACGGCAUAAUGGAUAAUGAUCUUUUCACAUUUGUUUUAUUGAAUGAAGAUAUUGAUAGCAUCUCUGUGUGCGAUGGUUGGUUGUGUUGUAACUUGUCUUAUUCUAAACAGCCAGAAAAUUACAGCACCGAUUUGUAUGCACUUGGCGUAUUCAAUGGGUUUCACACAGCAUAUUCCAAAUUCUAUCUCCAGAUAUGUGCCCUUAUCAGGUGUGCCGGAGACGACCCAUCUCGUUGCGGUGCCCCCGUCAGCACCGCUACUACCGUCUUUAAAAAAUUCAGUCUGACUGGUAAUUUUGACCCCGGUGUCUAUCUAUUUCCAAUUGUUUUAACCAAUCAUGUGCAGCUACCCGCUAUAUCUAAGUGGCAUACAAUAUAUCCAUAUGACCAUAUAUGGAGUGAAGGUGAAUUAGAUGACCCCCUAGUGUCGUCAGUAAUUUAUGGUCGGUGGUUUGAUAGAGAUCCUUAACACAAUUUAGUUUUUCGAUAUUAAUGAACAUCAUUUUUUAUGUAUGGCGGACUACAUUGAAACUAUAUUUUGUACUAUUUGCUAUAUUCCUAUCUCUGAUUUUCAAUAAACUGUACACCUAUCAUGUAUAAUAUAAA